AUGUCGCCCAUUGGCUUCACCAUGGACCUCAUUCGUCGCCACGCAGGCCAUCACGAGGUAGAGGUCGGUCAAUACAUGGGCUUUGGCUACUACUCUGUGACUCUCACCGAGGCGCAAAAGCAUCAGAGAAGAGAGACUUUGGAUCGAUAUGGAUUCAUUGCCCAAUGGUCUGUUCUUGUCAUCUUCCUCCUGUUCCAGCUUGGCUUCUUUGUUGCCUGGAUCCUGAGGAGCACAACCAAGAACGACCCACUCAAAUCACCGUCAUUCAACAAGCGCCCUGAUGCAAGGCUAUUCUGGCUGAGAAGGGUGCAGAGUAUCUGUAGCCGGACUGUAUGGUGGAUGAACAAGGACGUCGUUUCUGGUUCGAAUUGGGGGACCCGGGCUGAGUGGAUAGGCGCAACGCUGUGGACACUGUGGCUGCUGGUUCUGUGCGUCGCGCAGACUGGAAAAGAUUACCUACAUCUCACCAAACGAUUUGGUCAAAUCGGUGCAUCCCAGCUGCCAAUACACUAUCUUUUGGCUAUGAGAGCCCCCUACUCGCCCGUACAAUGGCUCACACGCUUGUCUCACGAGCAGAUCAAGAGCUACCAUCAAAUCCUGGGGCGUAUCACGUUUCUCUUGUUAACGAUCCACGGAACCCUCUACUUUGCCUUCUUCAUCGUCUCCAAAGUGCUGGCCAAACGGAUCAAGGAAGGCGACGUGAUUUGGGGCAUCGUCAGUAUCAUCCUGUUCGCCGUGAUCAGCACGACAGCACUUGGGUUUGUGCGACGGCGAAAUUAUCGAGUAUUCUACAUGUCGCAUAUUGCCAUUGCAAACCUCAUCAUUGUGCCUCUGUACCUGCACUGCUCGCACAUACGUAUAUUCGUAUACCAGGUGCUUGGGGUCGAAGUGUUACACCUCGUUUUCCGAGCCUUGCGUCUCAAGAUGUACCAAGGGAGCAUCAAGCUACUACCAGGUACCAAUCUCGUGCAGUUGCGCAUACCGUUACCACUAAAGAGCCCUGCCGUGAACUGGAAGCCGGGACAACAUGUCUACUUGAGUCGACCAUGGAGCCAAAGGAAAGCACCCACGCUUUGGGAUCAGUGGGUCAUGACCCAUAGGACCAACCCUUUUACCAUUGCCUCUCUUCCCGCCAAGGACAAGGAGCUACUCCUUGUCGCAAGGACGCUCAAAGGCAACACCAAACAUCUCGCAGAAAUCGCGCGAUCGCUUGCACAAGGUGGCAGUGGGGUUCCCAUGUUGCCUACGGCUAGUGGAGACAUCCCCAUCCUGCCCAUCAUUCUCGAAGGUCCCUACGGGGCGUCGAAUCGCCUACCCGAUUUCUCCUCUUACGACCAUGUACUUUUGGUGGCAGGUGGAGUCGGUGCCACCUUCAUCGUGCCCAUUUGUAGGAGCCUGGUAGAGCUUCAGGACCCGGUGUCUGCAAGCCCGAAGAUUCGUUGCAUAUGGGCUGUGCAAAACGUGGCCGACAUCCAAUGGGCCUUUCCUGCGGCGUCGCCUUCUGCUACCAACAACGACGAGGAUGAUGCAGGUCGGGAAGAGAAUGGAGAUGGCUUAUUGCAGCGGCCCAACGCGGUCGAGGUUUACGUUACACGAGCGUCAGGGUCGAAAUUGCAGGCUGACGCUUCCGCCGCAGGCAUCUUUGCUGCUGACCCAGACGGAGAUGAGGAAGGAGAAGGCUUCGAAUUGCAAGAGAAUGAGCAGCUGUUGGGUAAAGAGGCGCUGAUGGAGAGGCCUCGGAAGGGUGUGGUGGUUGCGUCUGGCAGGCCGAAUUUGGGUGAGAUUGUGGACGAAGUGUUUGGCAAAGGGUCGAGAACGGCGGUGAUCUGCUGCGGUCCGAAGAGGCUUACAGCAGACUUGCAGAGGAAGGUCGAGGGCUGGGUGCAGAGGGGUCACGAUGUGUUCUGGUACGAGGAGAGGUUUGGGUGGUAG